GACGCCCACCAAUGACGAUAAUGAUGAAGACGGAGGCUACAUCGACAUGGAGAGCUUCUGCGCAAGCAGUGGAGUGUCUUUUGUGUUGGUACUACUGACAAUUGCGAGUGUUCUGUACAUCAAUCCAUACUGGUGGCAGGUGUGAUUUUAUUAUGUCGGAGUGACCAUAACUACGUGCUACUAUUUUUGGGCGGACCAUCUUCCAGUACCGACGAGGUACAAGAUGUGGGAACUUCGUGUCUAGCUAGUAGUUGAUGAUGGUUCUGCGAAACAACAUAUCCGGAGGAGUGGUUUAUAUAAUCCUAUGUGGAUAGAAUAAUGGUUAUUGAUAGUUCUCAUCAGUGAAUCAUCUCAUUUAUAUGUAUGCAGUAAUUAAGUGCUCGAAAAACUACAAGUCUCUGUAAUGUUUCCUUAGUUCCUAUUUGGGCUGCUGCUUAUUCUUAUGGUGGACAAACCUGAACUAUGGAUGGCAAUUUUGCCCAUACCCAUGGGUUUCUUACUAUCCAACCCAAUUGGGUUGGGCAUGAAAUCCAAAUAGAUGGAUAUGGGUAGAGUUUGAUGGGUUUGUACCCAUACCCAUUUACUUUGGGUUGAGUUGGGUUUAUAUCAAAUGGAUUUGGGUUUGUACCCAUGCCCAAAUACAAAAUUACAUUUUGGUACCCAAACUUAAUAGAUAUGCAUAUUUAGUACCUAAAUUUAAUUUUUUUGCAUAUAAGUCCUAAAAAUAUCGAUGGGAAAUUACGUUUUGGUACCAAAAUUUUUUUGGUCUUACAUUUUGGUACCUAAACUUUUCAAGUUUUACAAGAUUUUUGCAUGUGUAGUUAAAACACCCUCAAGUAAAUGGAUAUCCAUAUCCAACCCAUACCCAUUUAGAUUAUGGAAGCAAUAUUCAUACCUUACCCAAACCCAUCUAUAAACCCCCAAAUCCAUAUGCACUUCACCCAUACCCAACCCAUUAUCAAUGGGUCUACUUGGGUUUGGGUAUAAUUACCCAUGGGUGGGUAAUUUGCCAUCCCUAACCUGAACUGCUGCAGCCUGCAUGCAUGGCUGAAGUCCACCAUGGACACGUGGCGUCAGGGUCAACGCGAAGGAAUCCAUAAAAGCGCCGCAGGUAGAGUCGGCCGGGUUUCCCCUGUUUCCGAUUACGCUCAGGAAACAGAAACAGAGGAUUGAAAAAAUUCCUCCCAAUAUAAAAAGAAACGGAAAGAAGAAGAGAUUCCUCCCAACCCAACCCAACCCAACCCAACCCAUCCCAUCGCAAAUCAAGUCUCAGCAAUGGCGACUGUCAGUUCUUCUCCUUCUUCAGCGAAUUCCUCCAAGACUCGGAGUACUACUACGUGCAUCUGCUCGUCGACGAACCACCCAGGCUUGUUCCGCUGCAGCCGCCACAGGAACCAGCCGAACAGAACCGCAGCUUCCGCGUCGACGAUGGCGGCAACUGCCAGUUCUUCGCCGGUGAAUUCCUCCAGGACUCGGAGUAGUACUGCGUGCCUCUGCUCGCCGACGAAAAACCCAUGGUCGUUCCGUUGUAGCCUCCACAAGAACCAGCUGUCGAACCGAAAGGAAUCGACGGUCGCCAGUUAUUCUUCUUCUUCUUCUCCGGUGAAUUCCCUCAGGACUCGGAGUACUAUUACGUGCCUCUUCUCGCCGACGAACAACCCGCGGUCGCUCCUUUGCAGCCUCCACAAGAACCAGUACUCGAACCCCAGCAGGGAAGUAUUGGCGCCGUCUCCGUGGAAGGAGAAGGCAUUCACGACGAGGGCCUUCCUGCGGCGGAUGAUCAAGCCGCCGCGUCGAGAUGAGACGCGCCGGCUCAAUUUCCGACCCACGCCGUCGAGGUUCUUCACGAUGCACGCCAGCAGCAGCGGCAGCGUAGCGGUUUCGUAAAUAGGACUCAUCACCAGGGUUAUAUAUAUAUAUUCUAGCUUAGAUUAGUCGUUUGAUUAAUAUGUAAACAGGGACAAAAACUUGUUUUGUGAUUUUUUGUAUAUAUUUUAUGGUAAUUCAUUCAUUCAUUCAAUCCUUCUUUGUUUUGUGGGUUUAUAUAGUUCAACUACUCCAUUGAUUAAAGUUCUCUCUGUUUCUCGAUGCUCUUGUCUUGAGAUGAUGGUCCGUCGCCAAAUAUAAAAGGGUAGAGUAGAUGCCUAUUUAAGUGUCGCUAAAAGUGGUAACCCUAGAGGCUAUAUUUGUUCUAUUCGUUGCAAUAAAACUUUGCCCUAAUCCUUUCGGAGAAUGAAUCAAAAUUCAUAUCCUGAGUCUUGGAUCAUAAGUCAUAAUGUAGAAAUUGCGUCAUAUAGAAUCGCACGUAGUCAAAGCACGUAGUCAAAGAAGAGUGUAACUAGCUUGAGAGUUGAGACUUCACUUUAGAGACAUAAGCUUAUCUUCCACGAGUAAAAAUUUCGACGGUGUAGUUAUAAGUUAUUACGAACAAUUAUUUCUCUUCCCCUUAUGCAAAGCAAUGCAACACACCAUUGUAUUGAGUUCAAGCUCUUUAACACGGGCACGUGAAGGCUGAUAACCAAUUAAGAUCCUAUGAUAUUCUGUUUUGGGUAUGCCUAGUGCUUUGCUAGAAUUUCGAUUUCAUUUGUCGGGUGUUAUUACUUAUUAGUGUAGAUCUCCUGGACCUCUUAUUAAAAGAAUGACGGAUUAAUAUUAACAAUAACCUUACCAAAAUGAGUAAUUUAUAUGCAUAAACUAGUGAAUAUAUUAUUAGUGAUGGCAAUGGUCGGUUCAGAAACAAAUAGUAGAUCAUUACCUUAUACUCGAUCUAAUUAGUUAGGGAUUUAUCCAUAUUGCACUACUCGUAUAAGCUUUGGGUUGUUAAUCAAAACAAAACUCAUAAUUGUUCGAAUUUUGGAUAUCCAUAAAUACCCACAUACAAUACUUUUCUCUUUAUAAUUUUAUACAAUGAGUUAUUAUUUGUAAGCAUAUUAUUAUACAAGUUAAAAAGUUACUACAAGUUGGUAACCUUAAGAGCAAUCAUAGUAAAGGACAUUGAUUCAUUGGGAUGUAAUAUGUGCAUUGGAAAGUAGUAUCGACAUUUUCGGAGCAUAAAAUUUGAACUAUAUACCCCAUAAAUAUGUAAAGUAGUAUCGCAUUCAAGAUAUAUUAUACAUACGAGGUGUGAAAGGGAACGUAGUACGUUCAACCAACUAUUAAUUAGGUUGAUGUCCUCUUCUUCUAAUCUGAUUGACACAAAUUUCAAAUAGGAAUUGACGUCGUACGCUAAAAAUUAGCUCAAAUUACAUAUAAAAAAUCAUAUGUAGUAACUCCAUAACGUACCCAUACCAUAUUUUACUAAUCAUGUCCUCAAGAACUGUGAUGAACUAAUUAGGAAGAUAGCCAUUGUAAAAGGUUAUAGAAUAAUAUGUCCCUCUACUAUACUGUUUUAUCAAGCAUGUCCCCCUACUAUUCUUUACAUCAGACAUGCUUUUGUACUUUGGAAAAAUGAUCAAAUAUGUCUUUUUGUUAAAAUUUUCAUCCAAAAACCAUAAACCACGGCCGAACUUUGGUUUGGGCGACACAAAUGUCUAAAAUAUCCCUAAUAAUUUUACUUUAGAAUUUUUUUUGGUUCUUUUGGAUAGCCAAAUAUCUCUAAUAAUUUCAUUUUAACGAGACCUAGUAAAAUAAAUCAGGUGACAAAAAUGACAUUUCCACUUCCAUUUACCGAUGUCGGGGUCGUCUAAAUCUCGGCUCAACUACUGUUGAUGAUUUUUUUCAAUGAAAUUUUUAACCGAAUGACAUGAUUAAUUAUUUUUCAAUGAAAUUUCCAAAGUACAAAAGUAUGUUUGAUGUAAAAUAUUGUAGAAAGACACCGAUAAGACGACAUAAUAAAAAGAUACUACAACCCCAUUAUAAAUGCUAUACUGAUCA